AAGUAGUAGCUACUAAGGUUAGGUACAUACAUACUUCAAUGUUCUUUUAGAUCCGUAACCUGCCCUGAGAUGGUAAUUACCAAUCAAAUUGCCAAGAUGCGAACGGCCCAGCAGCAGCAGCAGCAGCAGUAAGCAAUGUAAGCAAGUACAUUCCGAGGGCAAAGGACUUGCAUAAAUCCAGCGAUGCACUACAUCCGCCUCUUACGCCCGGCCAGGCUCUGCCACGACCUGUCCGGUCGCAGGAGGCCGUUCGUCUCGCUUCUGGUCACCAUCACCACGGACCUCGGCGACUCGUUCCUCUACCCGGACGAGCCGGUGGAUCUGAUUGUCGUGGUGGAGUACGGCGUUUCUGUUGAUACCACUGUUGCGGCCGCGGCCGAGACACCGCCCCCCACUAGGUGGGCUGCAGGCAUGCGGGUUCUCGACCUCAAAGUGCCCCUGAAGCCGCACGUGAAAAGGGAGGACGUCACGUGCACCAUUUUCAUAUACUCAGCUACAGCUCUGCAGUCUGACCAAUCACCGCCACGAGGGGGGGCAGCGUCGCUGGGGAGUGAGUAUGUCCUUCCAUGGCGUGUCCCCAGUGGCGGUUCGUCGUCUGCGAGGCGGGGGUUGAUCAUGCCGGCUACCGUGGAGAUGGUGGCAGGUACUUGCUCCCCCGUUUCCGUCCGGAGGCUCCGGCUCAACACCACUGGGGCGCAAACCGGCGGCGGCCUGCAGGACGUCUAUGUCCAUCUCGAGGAGGAUAUAGGCGAGAGCAUUGCCCGCCAUGUAUGGGAUGCCGGUGUGGUGACGGCUUGUUUUCUCGCCGAUGCGUGUCGUACUGCUGAAGACGCACGCGCCGUGCUUCCGAUCACCCGUGAUGAUUUUAAUGUCCUUGAGCUUGGCUGCGGUGUUGGCAUCCUGGGGCUCACCAUAGCAAGCAUACUAGACAGAGCUGCGGCCGCGCAGGAUCAGACGCUUCGCGGGGCUACCGUGCUGCUAACGGACCUCGCGGAGGCGGAGGAGCGGGCCAGAUCGAACAUCUCGAAAGUCACGCCACCGCUCUCUCGUGGUUUGUCCAAAGUGGUGGUGGCUACGGCGUAUGAGAACCUCGACUGGGACGAGGGCAGACACGGGCGCUUCGGCCCCCUCGUCUCCGCCCGUCGCUGGGAUCUCGUCGUCUUGAGCGACUGCACGUACAACGUCGACUCCCUGCCGGCGCUGGUCGGAACUUUGACUGCUCUGCAUGUGUCGAAUGCCCAGCACCAACGCUUGGAAACAACCGAAGGAGACGCAAAGACUACGGUUAUGCUGGCUACGAAGCCUCGCCAUUCUUCCGAAAAGGCUUUGUUUGGCCUGCUGGAAGCUGAUGGGUGGCGGUAUAGUGUGCUCAAGUCGAUUCCGCUGCCGAAGCUUGGGGAGGAGGAUGAAAGGGUUGAUGUAUACUUGCUUGAGAAAGGGUGAGGCCACUUGGAGGAUAAGUGGUAGUAUAUAAAAAAUUAACAGAGAUCCAUGAUUCCGUUGUCCCAUGUCCUCGACAAGCUGAAUUAGACAGAACUAGCCGAUGCUUUAUUGUACCAAGUUUCUAUUACUGCUAUUCCUUGAUCCUAUAUAUGUAUCUUGGAAAUUGUUGGGGUUGGUUCAUCAGCUCAUGCUUAGUUCGGAUAUUGGGAUAAUAUAACCAAGUACUAAGCAACUAUGCGAUUAAGCAGUUUGCCCCUCCAAAAGUCAAACAUUAUUCAUGGAAUGCUGUUUAGAACUUCAGAACAU